AUGACAUUGGCAAAGGAAGACGACGAACACGACGAAGACGGUCAGCUCCUGGAUCAGGAGCUCGUGGAGCUUCCAGACGAGUUGAUGCCAUCCCUUCGCGGGAAGUGUGAGUACACAACAGAACAAGAGUUGCAAGACGCUCUUGUCGUAGCUGGCCUUGCAGAUCUUCCGAUUAUUUUGGUGGGUGGACGUGCUCUCUUGAAAAUGCCGUCGGACCAGCACAACAAAUUCACAACCAAGUAUGUACAAAACUUUUUUCGGUAG